CUCGUUUCAGACCGGAAAAGGAAGUGCACAAUCAAGCAAACGACCAUCACUAUGGCAUCCAUGAGCAGCGACGGCGGCGGGGUCGAGACCCUGGCGCUGGGCGAUUUACUGAGCGACUUCGAGGUGAAGCAGCGUGGGCUGCUGCUCAUGGCCAUCGACAAGGCUGUGGACAAGGCGAUGAAGAAACAGGGCGAGAUGCUCGACGUCAUCAAAGCGCAAGUCGAGACGCGCCACCGCGAGGCAGUGGACGACAUUCGCGACGAAAUGACGCGCACGCAGCCGUCGCUUCUGGAAAGCCUCAUGAGUAAGACGUUGAGUGUCGAGAACAAUGCGGGGCUAGCCCUUUGGAUCAGUGAUGAGGCCAAGAAGAGCCAGGCGCUCGAGUAUAUUUCCAAGCUACGCAACCACCUGCAGUCGGGCCAGGGCAACGCCUUUCGCAGCGACUUUGAAGCUCUACUUGUGGUCUAUAUGGAGUUCCUUAAAGUGCCGAUGGUGCGCGGCUCGAGACUCAAUAAUCGUAUCGAAGACUUCCACGAAGCACUGUACCAGAAAGCUGACUAUAACGACGAUUUAGUUAAUCUCGUCUACCGUGUACGCUGGGGCUGCCAAGGCGUGCGCUCCAUUGGUAAUGCGCGCUCGCAUGAUGCUAAGCCACUUUCGGAGAGCGAAAUCCUUGAGCUCUGUGGCUGUUUUAGUGCUAUCGGCGCAGCAAUGCCAACUCUCGCGCUUGACGACGGCAACUUAUCUUUGAAUGGUAAUUCCGGCGUAGAUAUGGCCAUGCUGCAGCAACUACGUCAAGCAGCAGGCGGCAAUGGCAACGAUCAGACGCCGUUCGACUUCAUUAUCCAGCUAAUGGCCAACAAUGGUAUCAACGUCAACUCGACCAUGCAAUCGCCCUCGCUAUUCCAAGACAACCAAAGUACUAAUCGAAACAUUUUGAAUGGAUUAAAUGGCAGUUCAACACAAGCGCCGUCCUUAUCGCGUCUAGGCUCGAUUGGUAGCACUACCAGCAAUUCAAGUCGAGAUGCCCCUCCGCUCCCUCCAGGAUACAAUGAGAAUUCGAGUAGUGUGUGGUCGCAGCCUCCACUUCCUCCUGGAUCUGGAAGUCCGCAGAAGCCCACUUUGCAGCCACCGCUCCCUCCUGGACCCGAAAGUCCAUUGCAGAGAUCGCCGCAUCUACUGAGAGCUGAAAGCCCACUUAAGAGCUCGACGCAGCCGCCAUUACCGCCUAGUGCUGAAAGCCCGCAAACGAGAUCGUUACUCCCAGCAGCAGCGUUCGCAAUGAAGCAGACCGAUGUACCGACCCAGGCCAUUCUGGCACUGGUCCCAGCGUUCAACUGGUACCACGAUCGGCCGACUGAGCUGCCCAAGGAAAGCGACCGUGUCCGUAAAGCCAUGUUCGCACGAAUGCUUAAUCAUAUGGAUGAAUUGCCCAAGGCGACGCUGUGUCCGUUGCUACCUGGUCACGACCCGACCUGCCCGCUGUCACACACGUAUAUGGAAGUCAUGACGUACAACCCGCUCUACAAACGCUUGAUCUGUCGUCAGCCGUCUCACUACUGGGGCAGUCAAAUCAAGGAAGACGACAGCUGUGUAUGUGUGCAUGUGGAUACUGGAGUCACGUGGGAGUGGGUGGAUGAUAGCAAGCGCAUGUUCUGCCUCCGUGGAGCCAAGUGCACUAACAGCAAAUGCCUCAAGUCGCACUCGUUUGAAGAAAUGUGCUGGUACAAUCCGUCGUACAAGAUCAAGCGCUGCACUGUGCGUACUCACGACCACAUCGCUCGUGCGCGUGGAACGAUUGUUCCUCCGCUGGACUGCAGCUACUACCAUAUUGAAGAAGGCAAAAACGCCGACAAGCGUGAAUUCACGGCCGAGUACGACCACGUUGGCAUGGAUGUCAAGAUGCUGUUCACCGAGCGCUCGCACAAGCCUCUCGCUGACAGACUGGAGGCGCUUCGUUACGCUGUUGCCAAUAACCUCUGA